AUGGACGAUAAACCAAAAAAGCGUGGUCGUCAACCAAAAGCAGCAGCAGCAGCAGCAAAGGAAACCAAACUGGAACAGCUAGCAGUGAAUGACACCGACUUGCCAGCAGAGCAGUUGCAAAAGGAGCCGGUCAAAGGCGGCAAGCGUAAGGCACCCGUAAAGGAAAUACGCGCGGAAAAGCCGGAGAAAAAACCAUCGACGAAGAAAGCAAAAUCCGUUGCCGCUGUCCCAGAAGCCUCAGCGGACGAUGAAAAUGGUUCACAUGAAAAUGGUCAGGAUCUAUUGACCGAACAGGAAGCUCCAGCUAAGAAAGGUCGUCCCAGAAAGAAUGUUCCGGUGCCGGAGGAAGUACCCGUCAAAGAAGUGAAACCAAGCAAAUCAAAAGCAAAAAAAGAUGCUGAAAUGAAAGAAGAAAAAACUACCAAGACUGCAAAAGCUGAACCAGCUGUAGUGCUGGAAAACGAUAUGGCUACUGUUGAGGAAAAGCCAGCUACAACAGCUAGGCGCGGAAAAACUAAACCAGUGCCAGCUGUAACGACAGAAGCGGAGGAAACAUCAAAUGUACAACCAAAAACUGUUGCGAAAGGACGAGGUAAAGCGCAAAGUAAAACUGAAACCAAGGGUAAAAAACAACAGCCAAAACUAGAAACACAUGAGGAAAAUGAUGACCAGCCAGAUAUGAAAGAAGAAUUGGUUCUUGCGGCUGCCAAACCCAAUGCUCGUGGCAGAAAGCGAGCAGCGAAAGUUGAAGAACCACCAGUCGCUAGCGUAAUAGAUGAUAAAGUUACCAUCGAAAACGAUGUCACACCAUCUGUUGAUACCAGCAACGGAGUAAUCCAACGUAAACGAGGUAUGGUUUUUGUGGACAAGAAAAAUAAUGGAACAGACAAAUCAACGGCAGCGCCGAAGGAAAAAAAAGCAAAAGUCGCAACCGCAUCUAAGAUGAACAAAUGUACCACUGAUUACGAAAGCAUCUCCUUUGGUUUGGAAGACCACCAACUAUCGAAUUUCAAAAUUUCUAGUUGGAACGUAGCUGGCCUGCGUAGUUGGGUCGAAAAAGGAGGAGUUGAAUUUAUCCACCACGAGAAACCGGACAUUAUAUGCUUUCAGGAGACAAAAUGCACAGAGGAACAACUGCCGGAAGAGAUGCGCCAUGUGCCGGGCUACCAUCCUUAUUGGCUGUGCAAUACGAAAGGGUAUGCCGGUGUUGCUAUCUACUCCAAGAAGAUGCCCAUCCACGUAGCGUACGGACUGGGGGAUGCUGAACAUGAUCGGGACGGACGUUUGUUGACUGCCGAGUACGAAAAGUUUUAUCUUGUGUGUGUGUACGUGCCAAAUUCGGGCAAAAAAUUGGUAAACUUACCGGCACGGAUGCGAUGGGAUGAAAAGUUCCAGCAGUACCUACGCGAGCUGGACGCCAAAAAGCCGGUAAUACUUUGUGGUGACAUGAACGUUGCACACGAAGAGAUCGAUCUAACAAACCCGAAGACAAAUCGCAGAAAUGCCGGGUUCACACAGGAAGAACGAGACGGUCUGUCGAAGCUGAUCUCGUACGGUUUUGUCGAUACUUUUCGCAAGCUGUAUCCGGACCGGCAAAGUGCAUACACCUUCUGGACGUACAUGGGGGGAGCAAGGGCCAAAAACGUUGGCUGGCGACUGGAUUAUUUCAUCAUGUCCGAACGAUUGGUCGAUAAAGUGACGGAUAAUGUUAUACGAUCACAGGUGUACGGUAGCGAUCACUGCCCUGUGACGUUGUUUUUGAACUUUUAA